AUGGGAAUUCACAUUAUAACGCUGACUGCUACUGAAGAACGAAACUUCACAUACAAGCCUCAUCCCCGCUUUCAAAUCGGCCGGGCUAUUCAUGGCCUGAACUUUUGUAACUUGACAAACGACGAGAUCAAAGUUACGACGCUCUUCCCGAUGGAAAAUUGGAACGGAAGAUUUCAAGGAAAUGGGUGUGGCGGAUGGGUAACGGUGGGGAUCGAAGUGGGCGGGAUUAUGAUAAUGCCUUCUUUGGAGUCAGGAUUGGCUGUUAGUACAACUGAUGGUGGACACUCGAGCAAACUUGACGACGCGUCAGGUGAUGAUGUGUCUUGGCCAUUUACUAGUCUAGGCAACGUCAACUGGCCUCUUUUCCUCGACUUUUCCCACGUCGCUAUACACGACAUGGCCCUGAUUGAAAAAGCUUUGACAGAGUCUUUCUAUGGCACGCCUCCGAAGUACACGUACUUCUAUGGCGGCUCAACUGGCGGAAGACAGGCUUACAUGCUGGCCCAACGCUAUCCUAACGACUUUGACGGUGUUCUAGGGUUCUGCCCUGCUAUCAACUGGGACAAAUUUCAAUGGUCUCCUCUAUGGGCUCACCGAGUCAUGGACAAGAAGGUCGUCUACCCACGGCCUUGCGAGUUCGAAGCUAUUACAGCUGCGGCCACGAAAGCAUGCGAUAGGCUGGAUCGAGUCGAGAAUGGAAUCAUCUCCAUGCCCUCUCGGUCUUUUUUUGAUACCCGUACUCUGGUCGGCCACCCUUUCGACUGCGGAGGGACAGAUGCUUUGUUCACCGCUGAAGCCGCAGAGGCCGCAAACGCUGCUUGGAAUGGACCUCAAAGCAUCUCUGGUGAAUUCCAUUGGUAUGGGUAUGGAAGAGACGCUAAGAUGUGGCAAUUCGGGGCUCUUCAUACCUCAUGCGGUGGUGAAGGAGAAAAUUGCGCGCCGGUCAGGUUGUGCAUUGCUGAGUCCUACGCACGAUACUUUGUUGCAAAAAACGCCAAAAUCGAUCUUCAAACCCUUGACCACAGUCAAUGGGACGACCUUUUCAUCGCGUCGCGAAACGAGUAUGAAUCAAUCACCGGCACUUCCGACCCUGACUUGAGCAGGUUCCGCAAGGCCGGGGGAAAGCUGCUCAGCUGGCACGGGAUGACGGACCAGAUCAUCCCUGUCAACGUGACGGUCGACUAUACAGACAGAGUUCUCAAGAAGGAUCCCAAAGCCCAUGACUAUUUUCGUCAGUUCCUCGCCCCGGGCGCCGAUCAUAGUAUUUCGAAUGCCCUUGCCCCGCGGAACACAUUGUCCGCGCUGAUUGACUGGGUUGAUAAAGGAAUCGCUCCAGUCGCAUUGAGAAUGAGAAGAGACAUCUGCAUGUAUCCCCAAGUGCAGCACUAUAUUGGUGGUGAUCCGGCCUCUCCGGCAUCUUUUGCUUGCGUUUAAAGGCACUGGGAUCAAGAGAGCCUUGGUGCUCAUGCCGAAGUAGAAGUUGGGAGAGCAGGGACACCACUCAACGACACGAACAGUUACUACAGUUAAGUGCACUUGCGGGGAAGCGGAGUAUGUCGUGGAG